AUGAAGUUCACCCUCGCCACCAUCGCCAUCAUGGCCACCAGCGUCCUCGCUGCCCCCGCCCCCGAGGCCGCCCCUGAGCCAUGGUGCAUGCGUCCCGGCCAGUCCUGCUGGAAGGCCAAGCGCGCGGCCGAAGCCUUCAGCGAGGCCAUCCGCUCCUCCGGCGGUCUCCAGGCCCGUGACGCCGCGGCCGACCUCAGCAACCUCGCGGGCGGCGCUGCCUUCUCGGCCAAGCGCGCCGUCAACGAGCUGGCCAACCUCGCGGCCAUCUCGGGCUUCGACCCCGAGGCGUACUACUUCGGGCUCGGCCUCGACAAGGAGUUCCACCCCGACAGCGACGACAAGGAGAAGCGCGAGGCCCUCCCGGCGCCGUGGUGCAUGCGCCCCGGCCAGUCGUGCUGGAAGGCCAAGCGCGACGCCAGCGCCGACGCCGACGCCGUCACCGAAGACAAGAGAUGGUGCAUGCGGCCCGGCCAGUCGUGCUGGAAGGCGAAGCGUGCUGCCGAAGCCGUUCUUGAGGCGGUUGGCGAUGACGACGAGGACAUCGACAACAAGCCCUUCGACCCGGCCUACUUCUCCAAGCGCGACGCCCAGCCCUGGUGCAUGCGACCCGGUCAGUCAUGCUGGAAGCGCGAUGCUGGCCCCGAGCCCUGGUGCAUGCGCCCUGGACAGUCUUGCUGGAAGGCCAAGCGAGACGUUACGGCCAUGCGCACCGUUGCCCGUGGUAUCGUCGAUUCGCUCAACUGAGCGUUUCAUAUUCCUUUCUUUGGCUUGCC